CAACUGUCACUUGUCACCUGUCAACCCGAUCGUGUCCUUCUAGUCGCGUUCAACGAGGGCACUGAACCCGGCAAAAAAUGUCAAUAAAAGCCGAUUUAAGACAACUAUUGAAGCCCUAUUACAUCUUCAAUCUCAUAUUGAGUCUCUCGUACAUCAUCCUGAAACGUACUCCCGGUGUUUGUAACUAUUUAUUUAAUGUUGAGGACUGUGAAUUCGAUGGGCGAGAAACCGAAAUCCUUUUCUUCCUUAUCAUCGUUAUUAUGAUAAGAACUCGAAAGUCUGGGAGCGUCUCCAUGAUUAAUUACCUCUCCUCGAGCUUCAUCUACACAAAAGUAGCAAAUUUGAUAUUAUGGUUCAACGCAGAUUUGUUGAUGGGGAUAAUUUACGGAAUAGUUUUCAUCUUGGGGGCACUUCUGUUCCCAGAGCCUGCAUACUCAGGCCCCGAUAAUGUAAUAUACUUCCGUGGAAUGCAAGGUUUAGAGGAAGAGCUCUCACGCAGUAAAGACUGUUAUUGGUUAAUUACGUUCUACACAGUCUGGAAUCCAGCGUGUGUAAAUUUCGCUCCAAUUUUUGCUAAAUUAAGCACUGAAUACAAUUUAGAGAAUCUCCAGUUUGGUAAAGUGGAUGUGGGGCGAUACCCAGAAGCGGGAAAGAAGUAUUACGUAAAUGACAGUAGUUUGAGUAAGCAACUGCCCACGACAAUUUUAUUUAAAGAUGGUAAAGAAGUUGUUAGGAGACCAGCUAUUGAUUCUAAAGGGACUGUGUCAAAGUUCUUUUUUUCAAGUGAUAAUGUUAGAGGAGCGUUCAAUUUGAAUAAUAUUUAUGAAGAGUGUAAAAGCACGCUUAAACUGAAAAAGAAACACGCUAAAAAGGAUUAGUUGUUGAUUUAUUGUUGCGUUCAUAGUGCCAUUGUAUUUAGUGAAUAAACAUCCGUUACUAUUGG